GGAGUCCCUCAGAGCGGCGCUUGCAGCUGGGAAGAUGCUGGGUCAAAGUCUCCUCACCUGGGUCCUGGCUGCGGCUGUCACCUGCGCCCAGGCACAGGAAGUGCCACCGUGGACAGAAGACUGCAGAAAAUCAACUUAUCCUCCUUCUGGACCAAUGAGGACUUUAGUGAAUUCCAUAACGGACUUAGUGAAUGCAUUUGUGCCAAGUGGAAAAAUAAUGCAGAUGGUGGAUCAAAAGUUGCCUGGUCUGAUUGGCAGCCUCCCUGGCCCUUUUGGAGAGGAAAUGAAGGGAAUUGCAGAUGUCACUGGAAUUCCUCUAGGAGAGAUUAUUUCAUUCAACAUUUUCUAUGAAUUGUUUACCAUGUGUACAUCAAUCAUAACUGAAGAUGAGAAAGGCCAUUUACUACAUGGAAGAAACAUGGAUUUUGGAAUAUUUCUUGGGUGGAAUAUAAAUAAUAACACUUGGGUUGUCACAGAAGAUUUAAAGGCCUUAACAGUGAAUUUGAACUUCCAAAGACUGUUUAAUAAGACUGUUUUCAAGGCUACAAGUUUUGCUGGAUAUGUGGGCAUGUUGACAGGAAUCAAACCAGGACUGUUUAGUCUUACACUUAAUGAACGUUUCAGUAUAAAUGGUGGUUAUCUAGGUAUCCUAGAAUGGAUGUUCGGAAAAAAAAAUGCCCAGUGGGUAGGGUUUAUCACUAGAUCAGUUCUGGAAAACAGUACAAGUUAUGAAGAAGCCAAGAACACACUGACCAAGAGCAAGAUAACGGCCCCAGCGUAUUUUAUCCUGGGAGGCAACUGGUCCGGAGAGGGCUGUGUGAUUACACGAGACAGAAAAGAGGCCUUGGAUGUCUAUGAACUUGAUCCUAAGCAUGGCAGAUGGUAUGUGGUACAAACCAAUUAUGACCGGUGGAAAAACACCUUAUUUCUUGAUGACUGCAGAACACCGGCAAAGAAGUGUCUAAAUCAUACGACACAGAAGAAUCUCUCAUUUGCCACCAUCUAUGAUGUCCUAUCAACAAAACCUGUCCUCAACAAGCUGACUGUAUUCACAACCUUGAUGGAUGUUACCAAAGAUCAAUUUGAAAGUUACCUUCGAGAUUGCCCAGACCCUUGUAUAGGCUGGUGAGCACACAUCAGUCAGCCUAUAGGACAUACUGAGACCUGAAGAUGUGUUCUGUGGCGUGCCUGGGCUCCUUCCACAGGCUAAGGCUCGAGGCCUCUUGUCUUUAGUCAGGACUGUCCUCACAUGUUUCUGUUGUUUACAGACUGUUUGGUUUUUGUUUGUUCUAAUCAUCAUCAUCACUUUGACUCACAGGUAAACUCUUUAAGGGACGCCA